AACAGGUCAAAACACCGCCCAGGCCUGAACUUCCCAUGAAGAUGAAGCAACCCGAGGAGCCUGCCGUCAUUGUUCCUCACACUGUCCUAGAGGUGGAGAAAAUGGUCAUCGCUGCUACUCAGGAGAUCUGGAAAAGCUGCAAACUGGGUCAUGGUAGACCAAGCCUGAUUGGCGUACCAAAACCUCAGCCCUCUAAUAAUUUCCUGGAAGGAGACUCCAAAGCCAGUGACCUGGAAACUCAAUGCCAACAAAGCUACAAACUGGCCAUCUUUGAUUUAUCAUGGGAGGUUAUUCAAGACAUUUAUGCAGAAGAUCAAAAGUUGAUCAGCCACAAUGGAUGA